AUGGAAAACUCGCCGGAAACUGGAAUCAAUCAGAUCAUUCGGCAUAAUUUCGCAUUUCUGCAUGCUGCUCUCUCCAAAAUUAAUGGUAUAUACUUCUGUUUACUGCUAGUAGUGCAGUUGGUGGCAAGCCCUGCAGAUCUUGUUAAGGUAAGGAUGCAAGCAGAUAGGUAUUCGGGGUGUUUCGAUGUUUUGAACAAGAUCGUACGAGUAGAAGGCGUUGGGGGACUUUGAAAAGCGGUUUUCCCUAAUGUCCAAAGAGCAUUCUUGGUGAACAUGGGAGAAUUUGCUUGUUAUGAUCAGGCAGAACGUUUUGUGUUCGAAAAUGGGGUUUCUGAGGACAACAUAUCCGCCCAUACUUUGGCGUCGAUGCGUAAGGGCCUUUUGGCAACUUCUUUGAGUUGUCCAGCCGAUGUGGUAAAGACGAGAAUGAUGAAUCAGUGGCGGAGCAAGGAAGGGAAGAUUAUGCAUAACAAUUCGUACGAUUGUCUGGUGAAGACCGUCAAAGUUGAAGGUUGAAGAGCACUGUGGAAAGGGUUCUUUCCCCUCGGUCCUAGGCAAUUCGUGUUAUGGGUCUAGUAUGAGAAGUUUCGACAAAUUGCAGGAUUCUCUUUUUCUAAACACUUUUUUUUUCUGAAAUUGAUUCGAAUUCGUAUGCGAAGAUCUGGGUUUGAAAUGGGUUGUGAGACGCGAGGAAAAGGUAGAUGGGAGGACGAAGUGGGUAGGAGUGAAGCGGAGUAUAGUGGUCUUAGCAGUCCGCCUAAUUUCGGGGGGUCUCGCUAA